AAAAAUGAGCAACGGUCAACUCGUGUCUCAGGUGACAGUUGGUCACGAUAAACCAUUAGAUCGUGAGAAAGUAUGUCCGAUGCUUCUUCGCGUCUUCGUUGCUAAUAAUCGUCAUAAUCCGAUGAGCGAGUACAAUAGUAGAAAUGGAGGAUCUGUUCCACCCAGCGAACUUCAAAUGCAUACUUGGAUGGACUGUUCUCUGCGUGAAUUGACCAGUCUAAUCAAAGAAGUGAAUCCGGACGCUAGAAGAAAGGGCACCACAUUCGAUUUCGCUAUUGUGCAGGCAGACCGCGGCUCGCCAAGAUACAUUCUACGCGAUGUGGGAAACACGACGAAUGGAGAGCGUGGCAUUGAUGACAACAAAACUCUACAACAAUGCAAAUUCGAAGUCGGUGAUUUCGUCGACGUCGCGAUUUCCUUGCCAAGUCAAGGACGUCGUUUCAAUAACCGGGAGCAGGGAGACCGUUUCGAUCAUCGUCAACGCCAACGUAGUCCGAUUCGCUAGACGCCUAACUGUGUGUUAAAAUUCAAUGAUACUCUUCUGUAUUUAUUAAUGUGUCGAUUCUUUUUUUUAUAACGUGCAAUGUAAUAUUCUGCGUAAAUCAUGUUUUCCUUUACAAUUGUUCAACAUACUUAACAAUUUACAACAAAGUUUACUUUCAC